AAUAUCUAAAUUAUCAGUUCAAUUAUUUCUCCUGUCUCAGUUGGCAUGGAUGGCCUCAUUUUGUUGUCAAGCAAAAACUAGUCAGCUGGUAGUUUUUAGUGAAUCCACUUUGAGUUUUUUGAGCAUGAAUUGUUGGUGUAAUUAUGUAGCAGACAUAUUCAUGAAAAUGUAAAAAUAUAAUACUGAAUCAUUCAAAUGUACUAAAGGAGCUGACUUUUUAGAAGAAUCCUGUCGUUUUUCAUUUUAUAAAUUUGAGUCAGUUGGACCUUCAGUCAGCAAGUACAUAAUGGGCACCUGUUAUGUGCCAGACAUUGUGCUAGGUCCUGGGGGAUAUUGAGUUGUAUGUUUCGUCUUCAGACAAGUAGAGAGAAAGAACGAAGGAAACCUGGGGACAGUAAAACAUUUUACCACUCUAUUGGAGAAAUGGACAAAUGCCAUGCGACUGUGGCAGAGAGUGAUCGAAGGGUAUGGUUGGCAUGGAAUUGAAUUUCUUCUGUCUGUGGGAAUUGUAAACAAGGUUGCCAUCACGAAAGCCAAAGUGGAUUUCUCCGGUGUAGUGUGCCUGCCCCCUUCCGUCAUUGCUGUAAAUGGGCUGGACGGAGGAGGGGCUGGCGAAAAUGAGGAUGAACCGGUGCUGGUGUCCCUGUCUGCGGCACCUAGCCCCCAGAGCGAAGCUGUUGCCAAUGAACUGCAGGAGCUCUCCUUGCAGCCCGAGCUGACCCUAGGCCUCCAUCCUGGCAGGAAUCCCAAUUUGCCUCCGCUUAGUGAGCGUAAGAAUGUGCUGCAGUUGAAGCUCCAGCAGCGCCGGACACGGGAAGAACUGGUGAGCCAAGGGAUCAUGCCGCCUUUGAAAAGUCCAGCUGCAUUUCAUGAGCAGAGAAGGAGCUUGGAGCGGGCCAGGACAGAGGACUAUCUGAAACGGAAGAUUCGUUCCCGGCCAGAGAGAUCGGAGCUGGUCAGGAUGCACAUUUUGGAAGAGACCUCGGCUGAGCCUUCCCUCCAGGCCAAGCAGCUGAAGCUGAAGAGAGCCAGACUGGCUGAUGACCUCAACGAGAAGAUCGCACAGAGGCCUGGCCCCAUGGAGCUGGUGGAGAAGAACAUCUUGCCUGUGGAGUCCAGCUUGAAAGAAGCCAUCAUUGUGGGCCAGGUGAACUACCCGAAAGUAGCGGACAGCUCUUCGUUCGAUGAGGACAGCAGCGAUGCCUUAUCCCCUGAGCAGCCUGCCAGCCAUGAGUCCCAGGGCUCCAUGCCAUCACCCCUGGAAGCCCGAGUCAGCGAGCCACUGCCCAGUGCCACCUCCGUAUCCCCCACUCAGGUUGUGUCUCAACUCCCGGUGGGCCCGGAUUCUGGAGAAACGCUUCUCCCAGCAGAGCAGCCUCCUCUGCCUCCCUGCCUCACCAACGGGACUGCGGUCCCCACCGCCAAGCCCACCCCCACGCUCAUUAAGCAAAGCCAACCCAAGGCUGCCAGUGAGAAGUCACAGCGCAGCAAGAAAGCCAAGGAGCUGAAGCCAAAGGUGAAGAAGCUCAAGUAUCACCAGUACAUCCCCCCGGACCAAAAGCAGGACAAGGGGGCGCCCCCCAUGGACUCCUCCUACGCCAAGAUCCUGCAGCAGCAGCAGCUCUUCCUGCAGCUCCAGAUCCUCAACCAGCAGCAGCAACAGCACUAUAACUACCAGACCAUCCUGCCUGCCCCGCCAAAGCCGGCAGGUGAGGCUCUGGGAAGCAGUGGGGCCCCCCCAGUGCGCAGCCUCUCCACUACCAACAGCAGCUCCAGCUCGGGCGCCCCAGGGCCCAGUGGACUGGCACGUCAGAACAGCACCUCACUGGCUGGCAAGCCGGGUGUCCUGCCUGCCAACCUGGAUGACAUGAAGGUAGCAGAGCUGAAGCAGGAGCUGAAGUUGCGCUCGCUGCCCGUCUCGGGCACCAAGACAGACCUGAUUGAGCGCCUGCGGGCCUACCAAGAACAAGCCAGCCCUGCCUCGGGAGCCCCUAAGGCCCCUGCUGCUCCCUCCAUCCUGCCCAAGGCUGGAGAGGUGGUGGUAGCCUUCCCGGCCACCCGGCUAAGCACGGGGCCUGCCCUGGUGGCAGCAGGCCUGGCCCCAGCCGAGGUGGUGGUGGCCACGGUGACCAGCAACGGAGUGGUGAAGUUCGGCAGCACGGGCUCCACACCCCCCGUGUCUCCCACCCCCUCAGAGCGUUCACUCCUCAGCACGGGCGACGAGAACUCCACGCCCGGGGACACCUUUGGUGAGAUGGUGACAUCACCACUAACCCAGCUCACCCUGCAGGCCUCACCACUGCAGAUCCUUGUAAAGGAGGAGGCCCCCCGGGCUGGGUCCUGCUGCCUAAGCCCGGGGGUGCGGGCAGAGCUGGAGGGCCGUGACAAGGACCAGAUGCUGCAGGAAAAGGACAAGCAGAUCGAGGAGCUGACCCGCAUGCUCCGGCAGAAGCAGCAGCUGGUGGAGUGGCUCAAGCUGCAGCUGGAGCAGGAGAAGCGGGCCCAGCAGCCGGCCCCGGCCCCGGCCCCGGCCCCUCUGGGCCCCCCAGUGAAGCAGGAGAACAGCUUCUCCAGCUGCCAGCUGAGCCGGCAGCCCUCGGGCCCUGCUCACCCCUUCAGCCCCAGCCUGGCAGCCCCCACUGCCCCCCAGGCAGACACUUGUGACGUGGUGCCCCCAGCCGUGGUGGUGAAGCAGGAAGCUGUGCUACCUGAGCCUGAGCCGGCCCCCACCCCCCAGCUGCUUCUGGGCCCACAGGGCCCCAGCCUCAUCAAGGGGGUCACACCUCCCACCCUCAUCACUGACUCCACAGGGACCCACCUUGUCCUCACCGUGACCAAUAAGAAUGCAGACAGCCCUGGCCUGGCCAGUGGGAGUCCCCAGCAGAGAGGCCAGCUGUCCCCCACCAAGGUGUCAUUGGCAGCUGGCUCCCUGCUGCUGCCAUUCUCACAGCCCAGACCCUCCACCCAGCCUGGUCCAAAGCCCUUGUCCCAGCCUGGUUCUCCAGCCCCUGGCCCGCCAGCCCAGAUGGACCUGGAACACCCGCCACAGCCCCUCUUUGGGACCCCCACUUCUCUGCUGAAGAAGGAGCCGCCUGGCUAUGAGGAAGCCGUGAGCCAGCAGCCCAGACAGCAGGUGAAGAAGGAGAAUGGUUCCUCUAGCCAGCAGAUGGAUGACUUGUUUGACAUUCUUAUUCAGAGUGGAGAGAUUUCAGCAGAUUUUAAGGAGCCACCAUCCCUGCCAGGGAAAGAGAAGUCCCCCUCGACAGCAGCCUGCGGGUCACCCCUAGCCACACAGUCUCCACCCUCUGUCGAGCUCCCCCAGGCUGCCCCACCUCCAUCGGCCUCACCUGCCCUCCCUGGGCGCCUGGAGGACUUCCUGGAAAGCAGCACGGGGCUGCCCCUGCUGACCAGUGGGCAUGAGGGGCCAGAGUCCCUCUCUCUCAUUGAUGACCUCCACAGCCAGAUGCUGAGCAGCUCUGCCAUCCUGGACCACCCCCCAUCACCCAUGGACACCUCGGAAUUGCACUUUGCCCCUGAGCCCAGCAGCGUGGGCCUGGACCUGGCUGACGGCCACCUGGACAGCAUGGACUGGUUGGAGCUGUCGUCAGGUGGUCCCGUGCUCAGCCUGGCUCCGCUCAGCACCACAGCCCCCAGCCUCUUCUCCACGGACUUCCUUGAUGGCCACGACCUGCAGCUACACUGGGAUUCCUGCUUGUAGCUCUCAGGCUGCAGAGCCGGGGAUGGGCGGGGCUGGGAAGUUGGGGAGCUUCAGGAACUCGAGGGAUCUCAGCUCUCCUGCCUGCCCCAGCCUCUGUGCAUGGUCGUGAGUCCUGACAAUCACGGGCCUUGCCUUCCUCUGCCUGGGAGGGCGUCCCUACACCUGGCUCAGGCUCACGGAGGAGAGGCGUUGCCAAGCAGCAGCUCUGGGCCAUCCCGGGGUUUUGGAGGCCUGGAGAGGCCAGGGGCAUUCUACUUGACCUCCUUUUGUGAGGUCAGAGGUGCAGUGUCUGGCUGCAGUUUGCUCAGGCGGGUGAGGUCCAGGGCUGAGGCGAGGAGGCAAAUCUCCUUCCUUCCCCCUUCCCUGUGAGGGAAGAAACUAGCUGGGCCUCCACCUCCCCAUUCCCCAUUCCCCAUUAUGCUAACCCCAGGGUCCCUGGCUUCCUGCCAUUUUACUGUCUUGAGUAGUGUAACCCUUUAGUGGUUGGUGGAGAUAUUUUCUGUACAGGUGUAUAUACUUCUAUAUUAUAUAUCGCCAUACAUAUAUACGUAUAUUUUUGGGGGUGGGAAGUGGACGCGGCUCCCUCCCAUCCUACUGUGCACGUAUAGAAGGGCCUGGAGACCACCGUUCCUGGGGCCAGCUGCCGCUUACCCUGGCCCCACCCAUCACGUGUGUUUGACAUGUAGACACCCCAUCACAGCCUGUGCCAUCUGUCCUGCUUCUUAUCAGUGCCACGAGGGCAGAGGUGCUUCCUGGCCCCCUGCCCACAUUCCGUCCCACUGCCUCACUACAGCCACCAAGGCCCUGGGGCAGCAGGGAUGUUGGCUCUCUGGUGGGAUGGAGGUGGCCCUCAAGCUUUGGCCUCCUCCUGCCCUGGGCCUGGCCUCCCUUCUGGCCUGUUACUGUCAUUCAUAGAGGAUUAGGGAUGGAGUCACCGAAACCAACCAGUGCUGGGAGAGAGGUGGGGAAGCUGUGUGAACUUUUUAAAAUAAAAACAAAAACACUGACUUAUUAGUCCAGCUUGUUGAAUC